CUUCAGGGCUCAAAAAAACAGUGGAUCACAGACAGAAGAGACAUGUAUAACUUGAGUUGUUAUAACCCGAGUUCUUUUACCCUUGUUGGAAUACCUGGCCUGGAGAAGUUCCACAUAUGGAUCGGGAUUCCCUUCUGUGUCAUCUAUGUUGUUGCGAUCGUGGGCAACUCCAUCCUUCUCUACCUCAUUGCAGUUGAGCGCAGCCUUCAUGAGCCCAUGUUUUAUUUUCUCUCUAUGUUGGCUAGCACAGACCUCAUCUUAUCCACGACUACAGUGCCCAAACUGCUCGCUAAUCUCUGGUUUGGCUUCCAGGAAAUAACCUUCUCUGGUUGUCUCACUCAGAUGUUCUUUCUCCACUUCAGCUUCGUAGUUGACUCCGCCAUCUUGCUGGCCAUGGCAUCUGACCGCUAUGUAGCCAUCUGCUUCCCCUUGCGUUACACCACCAUCCUGACAACACAAGUGAUCCUCAGGCUUGUGGUGUGUAUCAUUGUGAGAAGCUUCUCUGUCAUCCUGCCAGAUGUCUUUCUGCUGAAACGGUUACCCUUCUGUGGGACUCGCAUCAUCCCACACACCUACUGUGAGCAUAUAGGUGUGGCCCGGCUUUCCUCCGCUGACAUCUCCAUCAACAUCUGGUAUGGGUUUUCUGUGCCUCUUCUGACUGUGAUCUCAGAUGUCAUCUUUAUUGCUGUGUCCUACACCUUCAUCCUCCGUGCUGUCUUUCAACUCUCAUCCCAGGGUGCCCGCCAGAAGGCACUGAGCACUUGUGGCUCCCAUGUCUGCGUCAUCCUCAUGUUUUAUACUCCUGCCUUCUUUUCCAUCCUGGCUCAUCGUUUUGGGCACAGUGUCCCUCGAAAUGUGCUCAUCCUCUUUGCGAACCUCUAUGUGGCCAUUCCACCUGCUCUGAAUCCUGUUGUGUAUGGAGUCAAGACCAAGCAGAUCCAGGACAAGUUUAUUCUUCUCUUUACUUUGAAGAAGGCACAAUGA